ACACCACUUUCAAAUUUAUCAACAUUUAUUUAGUUCUUGAAGUAAUCAUAUUCAUUUCUCUAGUGCUACUUCCAAGUUUCUCUCACUCUAUCACUUUAUUCUACGACCACCCAUCUUUGUUUCUUUAUCCUCUUGUCCCAUUUCCAACAUAUGCUAUUUCUUAGCUCCAUUUAUCAAUCUUGACUCCGUCAUAUUCAUGUUAAUAAUCAGAUUGGCUCCAUUAUAUUCAGAAUUUUCUGAUAAUUCUCCACUUUUCAUUUUGCAUGAUUAUCUUCAUGACUGUAGCAUCAUUUACAGACAUAUAUUUUCUUUGGUCAUUUAGCAUAUAAUUUACAUAAAAUGAUAUACAAAAUUAGAGCUAGUGUGUGUGUGUGUGUGUGUGUGUGUGUAUGUGUGUGUGCAGUUGAUAAAGACAUGCUGUUGCUACAAUGAGACAGAUCAUUUGUUGUGGGGGCUGUUGAACCACACUUAACAAGCUGAGGGAAGUGUAAAAUAUGUGGUCAUUUAUAUAUUUUGGUUGUGUGCAAGUACUGUGAGACAAGUCAUAAAGGUUCACAUGACUGCUGUACUGACAGGUGUGACCCUUUUAUUCAGUGUGGAGCCUGCAGGGGCUGACAGAUGAUAUGGAGUGUUUAAGUCACUAUAACAGCAGUUUUGUUUUGUAUCUGAUGAAAUUUUUAAGGAUGCUAAUGAAGGUCAGUAUUGACUUUUUUUUAAGGAGGCAAGAUAAAAGAUAUUUUGUAGCUUUAUUCAUCCAUAUACAGUAUGUACAGUAUUAGUAACAAGGGGAACCCACCAACCUCCUUGUAAUCUCCUAAAUUUCAUUUUCAUCUUCCUUUUUCCAUUCUCCCUUUAUUGCAUAUUUUCAGAAGUUCUUAUAUCCUUACCCACUGUCUUUUUUCUCUUCACCUCCCCUUCCCUUCUGUUCCAUUCCCUGGUGAUGGCACAGAAUUAUCAACAACAAGCUUUUGACGGCUGAGGAUGAAGCCCGAAUCAACCAGGUACAGGCCAGGUCAUUAGCAGCAGGCAUGGCCGCCGUGCCCCGCCAAGCCCGGGUGUUGAACCUGAGACCAAGCCAGAGUGAGGGCAGUGUCAUUCCUCCUGUCCACUACCCCAACUUCUACUCCCAACACUACCACAGCAAUGAGCGGUCGGGUGUGGUGGCUGAGGAUUCUUUUGAAGAGGACAAUGCUUCUGCUUCAUCUGAGCAGGUCAGAAGGUGGAUAGCAGCAGUACUAGUAGCAGACUGGUGUUACCUUGAUGCUACUGCUACAUUGCAUUAUUUGCAUAGUUUUUUCAGUUGUCAUGGACUUUGUGUAAUAUGUAUAAAAGUAUAUGAAGCUCAAGAAACUUGUUGAUAAGGUUUAUGUUCAGCAUACAAAUUGUAGGAUGCAAAGACAAGGAUUGAAAUAUCAUUGCCACAAUUCCUGACAAAGCAUUUGGUGCCACAGAAUAUUCAGCAAUGUAAUGUUUGUUUGGCAAACAAACCAGUUUCCCUGAAUGAUAGCUUUAUUUCUGCAGGUUAAUACAGUCUCUCUAUGGGGGAGAGUUUGGAGACAAAGCCAAGCAUAUAUAUAUAUAUAUAUAUAUAUAUAUAUAUAUAUAUAUAUAUAUAUAUAUAUAUAUAUAUAUAUAUAUAUAUAUAUAUAUAUAUAUAUAUAUAUAUAUAUAUAUAUAUAUAUAUAUAUAUAUAUAUAUAUAUAUAUAUAUAUAUAUAUAUAUGGUUUGUGAGCCAAGCAUACUGAUCAUUACACUAUCAUGUGUAGUUUUAAUAUGUAAUUUAGAUCAAGGACAGUGCAGUGAGAGAGGAAAAAUUAUUCACUAGAUUUUUUCUGAGAAGUUUUAUGACAUAAAGGAUUAAUUGAACGAUCAGUAUAUAUAUUGGCCCACUAGCUGCAUCUCUUUAACACAGAAAGCUUUCACUAAUUAUCUUGGCCCAAU